AGGCGCCCUGGGCCUGCAGCUCUCGGCCGCCGCCCCGCACGCCAUGAGCUUCCCCGCGUCGAGGAUUUUCGUCAGAUGCGACGUCUUCCCUGAAGAAUUUUCCAUCGUCGUAACCCUGAAAGCUCCCAGUCUUCCCCCAAAGAAGAACGAGUACGUGUUCUCGGUGCUGGCGGAGGGGCCGGACGCGCUGCUGCUGGGCCUGCGGUACUCGCCCACACGGCUGCACUUCCUGUUCCUCAGCGAGGAUGCGGCAGGCGCCUGGCAGACCCGCGUGUCCUUCUGGAGCCCGGCCCUGAUGGACAGCCAGUGGCACACGCUGGUCUUGGCUGUGUCUGAAAGCUCCUUUUCCCUCACCACGGACUGCGGCGUCCCCGUGGACAUCGCUGCCGACGUACCCUUCCCAGCCGCCCUGUCGGUGCGAGGAGCCCGCUUCUUCAUCGGCAGCCGGAGGAGGAGCAAGGGCCUGUUCACGGGCCUGGUGAGGCAGCUGGUCCUGCUGCCCGGCUCGGACGCCACUCAAAGGCUGUGCCCGUGCAGGAACGCGGAGCUCGUGCUGUCCAUCCCCCCCAUCCUGCAGGGGCUCCCGGGGAAGCUGGAAGACAACGAGGUGCUAAAAUAUCCCUACGCCACCCUGCCCCACGCUGACGCCCGGGGCCCGGCUCGCAGCCCGGGGUCGUGCGCCCAAGAGGGUCCCCUGGGCUCCCGGAGGCGCUCACCGGGCCUGCGCGUCUCCGUCGCAGCCAAGGAGAAGCUGGACUUCGUGGAGGAGUACCAGAGCCUGACCACGCGCUCCGAGACGCUGGGCAUCGAGGUCUUCGCCAUCCCCGGCGCGGGGCUCUUCGUGGCCACCGCCAACCGGAAGGCCACGUCCGCCAUCUACAGGUGGACCGACGGCAAGUUCGCGGCCUACCAGGACCUCCGCACGCACCAGGCGCAGUCCUGGAGACACUUCACCAUCGGGAGACAGGUCUUCCUGGCUGUGGCCAACUUCCAUGCGAAUGAAAAGGGCCAGGAGUUCUCCGUCAUUUACAAGUGGAGCCAGAGAAGGCUGCGGUUCACACCCUACCAGAGGGUCCCCACCCACAGCGCCCGGGACUGGGAGGCCUUCGAGGUGGCCGGGGAGCACUUCCUGGCCGUGGCCAACCACCGGGAAGGUGACGACCACAACAUCGACAGCGUCAUCUACAAGUGGAACCCCAGGACGCGCCUGUUCGAGCCCAACCAGACCAUCGCCACCUCCGGCGCCUACGACUGGGAGUUCUUCGCCGUCGGGCCCUACUCCUUCCUGGCGGUGGCCAACGCCUUCAACGGCACGUCCACCAAGGUGCACUCCCACCUGUACGUCUGGCUGGUGGGCUCCUUCCGGCUCUUCCAGUCCUUCCUGACGUUCGGUGCUGCCGACUGGGAAGUCUUCCGCAUCGGAGAGAGGGUCUUCCUCGCGGUGGCCAACAGUCACAGCUACGACGUGGAGGUGCAAACGCAGAGUGACUCCUACGUCAUCAACUCCGUCAUCUAUGAGCUGAACGUCACGGCGCAGACGUUCGUCAAGUUCCAGGAGAUCCUGACCUGCAGUGCCCUGGACUGGGAGUUUUUCUCGGUGGGAGAAGAUUACUUCCUGGUGGUCGCCAACUCCUUCGACGGGAACACCUUCUCGGUGAACAGUGUCAUCUACAGGUGGCAGGGGUACGAAGGCUUCGUGGCGGUGCACCGCCUCCCCACCUUCGGCUGCCGGGACUGGGAGACCUUCCGCACGGCCGCCGGCUCCUACCUCAUCUACUCCAGCGCCAAGGAGCCGCUGUCCCGGGUGCUGAGGCUCAGGACGGGCUGACGUCCAGCCCCGGGGACAGUGCCGGCCUCGUCGCACUCAGAGCCCCGCCCGAGGAGCCCUGGGAACCCUGGCAGACGAGCCCGCCACUGGCCCUGGCCCUGGUCCAGUCGGGGACGUUUGUCAUCUCUCCAUCCCGGUGGCUGUGGUGGCCAGACUCACGUGGCCUGCGGGCAGUCAGGCGGAACCCAGAGUUACGCUGCACGUCUGGGCAUCCUGCAGACAUUUCGCCUUAUGGGAAACGUUCAUACAGUUUUUUUACCUCAAAAGCAGCAGGGCCUUGUCACCUUUUCCGGGGUGGCGCCUCAUGGCCUGGCCACUCUGUCCCCAAGCCCAGGCAGGGAGCAGGCUCGAUGCUGUCCUACUGAUUUCACACCAGCUAUUUAUUGUAUUGUUUAUGCUGAAAUAUAUUUAUGACGCCCUUGGCACAGA